CACACACGCUGGUUUCCUGCCCCCCUGCCCGCUUUUUGCUGCCCCCGAGCCCCGUUUUUCGGUCGGUCUGCGAUCCGGUCGCACCGUUUCAUGCAUGACUGGAGGAAGGUUCGACUUCGACGAUGGCGGGAGUUACUGCGGCGGCUGGGAAGACGGCAAAGCCCAUGGUCACGGCAUCUGCACGGGGCCGAAGGGUCAGGGCGAGUACAGCGGCUCCUGGGCGCACGGGUUCGAGGUGGUGGGAGUCUACACCUGGCCGAGCGGCAACACCUACCAGGGCUACUGGAGCCAGGGCAAGCGCCACGGGCUGGGGGUAGAGACCAAGGGGCGCUGGUGUUACCGCGGAGAGUGGACCCAUGGCUUCAAGGGCAGGUACGGGCUCCGCCAGAGUCUCAGUAGCCCGGCUAGGUACGAGGGCACAUGGAGCAACGGGCUGCAGGAUGGAUACGGUGUGGAGACGUAUGGAGACGGCGGAACGUACCAGGGACAAUGGGCUGGAGGAAUGCGUCACGGAUAUGGUGCACGCCAGAGUGUGCCAUUUGGAAUGGCCACGGUCAUCCGUUCGCCACUACGCACCUCGCUAGCAUCUCUUCGAAGCGAACAGAGCAAUGGCACAAUUCUACAUGAUAUUGCUGCUGACAGUCCAGCUGGGACAAGAGGUGGGUUUGUCCUCACCUUUCACAGUGAUACAGAAUUAAUGACUGGUAAGAAAAAGGGCUUUUUCAGAAGAGGAUCGCUGCUGGGAAAUCUAAAGCUCAAAAGAUCUGAGUCCAAGUCCUCUCUGGCUAGCAAACGCAGCUCUGCUCGGAGUGAAGCAUCAAUGAGUAGAAUAAGUUCAGCCAAUAGUGAUGCUAAUUCGACAAUCAGUUUUGGAGAAGGUGAUUCUGAAUAUUUACCGGUAGAAGAUCAUGUUGAUGCUACUACAACUGAAUCGUAUAUGGGGGAAUGGAAAAAUGAUAAACGCAGUGGGUUUGGUGUAAGUGAGCGCUCAAAUGGUAUGAAGUAUGAGGGAGAAUGGUUGAAUAAUCAGAGGAAUGGUUAUGGAUGUACUACCUUUCCUGAUGGCACAAAAGAAGAGGGAAAAUAUAAAAAUAACAUUUUGGUUCGAGGAAAGAAAAAGCACCUUAUACCCAUUAGAACCAGCAAAAUUAAAGAAAAAGUGGAGAGAGCAAUAGAAGGAGCACAUCGAGCCGCAGCAAUUGCCAGAACAAAGGUGGAUAUAGCAGCUUCAAGAACCGCACAUGCAAGGGCCAAAGCUGAUGCAGCCGAUGCUGCCGCACAAGCCGCUCGCCAGGAAUCCGACGUCGCAAGGGCAGUUGCCAGAGAAUUGUCCCCAACCUUCUGCCAGCCAGGUCUAGAUUAUAUUAAGCAGAGAAUGCAGGAGGCAAUGGGAUAUACAGAGAAAAAAGAAGAGCCUCCACCUCCAAAAGAAACAAAACCAGCGUCAGCAAAUAACAGUCCUCAUUUCUACAGGAAAGGUACAACUCCAUCACAUAGUCCUGAACAAAGUCCUGGCCCGACGCCCCCUCCUUCACCGCCAAUUUACAAGAAAGCCCCUAAUACCAAUUGGAAUAUGGGCUCUGCCAGCAAUGUAAACAGGGAUAUUUCAGGAGCUGCAAUGAAUAGGCAACUAUCAAAAAGCUCCAGCAAGCAGAACAGCGAGUGGAAACAGCCAAAGUCAGCAGGUUACAGUCCUACGACUGCUGGCAACGGACAGUUACAUAGUGCGUACCAUAGUUACUUUGUGCGCACAGAUGUAAAACUGCCACCGGAAGAGCCAGAAGAACAGGCCAAUCCUACACCAAUGGUACUUGGAAGGCAACCACCCCCACCAAAACAAUCACUUGCAAGGCUGUCGUCUAUAAAGUCUUCUGUCAAAGAAACAAAAUCAGAGCCAAAAUUGAAGAAACAGUUAUCCGUUGUUGAUCCUGAACCAAAGAAAUUAUCAAAAUCUCAAUCAGGUGAUGAUAGUGUGGAAGAAUCAGAAGAAAUGGAAGAGACGAGUCCAAAUACAAUCUUGGUCAUCUUGGUUAUGCUGUUGAAUAUUGGUUUAGCUAUUCUUUUUGUCCAUUUCCUGACUUGACAAGAAUUUGCUAAGUGAAGUCAUGAAAAUUAAGGGUGUUAGCCGUCAGUUCUCUACAGUUGUUCCAUCAGCCUUAUUACUGACACCAGACAUGCUGAGACACAGGGAAAGAGGCUUGAAUUUGGUGUGGUACUCAGGAAAGAUGAGACAUGGAAAUUAAGUCAGGGGCUGAUGUGUCCCCUGGUGAUGAUUUGUGGCUCUGGAUCCUCUGAAACUGAAGCAAGUGGCCAUGUUGUUGGAAAAAUCUGCUGAACCAGCCUAACCACUGAAGUGCAUGGCUGUUCCAUCUGCUCUUGCGGAGUGUGACUUAACUGGAAAUGUACAGACUGCACUUUUGUUGAUGGAUGGUAACAGCUGCCUUACUUUUUUACUGUCUUGCCAUGUAGUUGGGAGAAGGGGACGGCUGCCAGAGGAAUGCGGUUGGAAGAUUCUGUGCUGUGAAUGCAAUUUCCAGUGGCUUCUCAUAUCUCGUUAAAAGAAGUACAUUAGCAGCAUCACUCAACCAGUCUUAUUCCAUUACCCGCUGCUCAUAUCGUCUCGUACAGUGUUCUGGGAGAUUUUGAAAAAAACAGUUCACACACUUUUUGCAUGAAAAUUAUACAUUUUCUGUCACUGAUUAAACUUUUCUUUUUGUCUAAUAUUUAGAGCAUUUAUUUAAGUCAAAAUGAGUUCCUUUCCUUUGCCUUCAGUGACUGAAUUUGGAGCAUCCAUUCAGUUAAUGAGAUUUUCUGAAGUGUGGUGACCAGUAACCCAAAUUAGCAUAUGUGUCAACACCAAGAAACCGGAGUUAAGGAUGGGGUUUUCUUUUUGCAUGUGGAUUUUCUGUUAAAAAUGGAGUUAAUUUUAUUGCAUUGAAUACAUUCAGGUAGAGCAUUGUAAUUUGGAUGUUAAAGAAGCUGACGCCUUUACAAGUCUUCAGAAAUGAUCAUGUUUACCUCAAAUGUAUUGGCCUCGAAGGAUUUUUUUGGAAUGUUUGUUGAAUAUCUGUCUUAAUUAUUUUAAUUGACUCUAAUAUAGUCAAUGGUGAUUUCUGUACCAUUUUGUUUUAUCACCCCUCAUGUUAUUUGUGGUGGCAUGUUUAUUUCAAAGGGUUGAGUAUUUGGUGUGGUUGAUUUUAGACUAGAGCACUAGAUUUAUAUUAAUCUCCAAAAAUGCAAGGGCUGCAUAAUUUAAAACAGAUUAUAUAUAAUGUGUUGAAGAAAGAUGUACUAUUCCACAGGUACUGACUUUAAAUGUAACCCGUAUGUUAGUUUGCAUGCUUUCAUGCAAAACAGUAUCAUUGGGACACAGUUUCAUCAAGAAAUCAGUACUGUUUGUGGAUUUAAUAGAUGCUACAUAAUUUAUUAUCUGAAAUCAGUCUGAUUUCAGAUCAGUAAUAGAUGGUGUUUUUUGCAGAGGUGUGUUGAAAAUCCUAUGUAUGUGAACAGUGUGAAAUGAAGAAGAAAAUUGAAAAGGCAAAGAGAAUAAAAGACAAAUUGUCACCAAUGUGCAUCAAAUCUGACCUUGCUUCAGAUGGAAAUUUAACUCACAGAAUGUGUCUUUGGGUCAGUGCAAAUGUAACGGAAGCUUAUGUAGAAACUUUUUUGUCUGGCACAAAAAUCAAGGGUUGUUAGGAAUGUUUUUUGGAAAUGAAGUUCACUAUAGUAAUUUAAUUUUAACAAAAAAAGGAAUUUUCUUAUAUUAAAAUCAUGAGCUUUUUUAAGAAGCAUGAGCCAGAAACUGCUGGCAUUUUUCUAAAUGUACACAGCUCUAUUUUAGCAUGGAUCCUUUUGUCUUUUUUUAAAAUAAAUGACAUGCUAUACACAUCUUUAUAUUUAUCAAAUAAUGCGCCAAGUGGACAACUCUUGUGAGUUGUCAAUAAAUUGUUAUAUAUUCUAACAUUUUGAAUGUCUUUUUCUGGUGUUCUGAACCUUGGAAUUAUUUAAUUCUGUUCUUUGUAAACCUAUCAUCCUUUAUUUGUUCUGUGCAGUUUA